GUCAAACACACACAGAGGAGCUCCUGCUGAGGAAAUCGGCGUCUGCCUGGCGUGAUUUCCCCGCAAAGAUCACUGACGGAAUACUCAACAGGUUUACCCGCUUCUGUGAAGCUCCUUCAGGCCCUUCACCGCCCUGCUUCUGUCAACCUGGUCGGAGCUGCACUUGACAAAUUCAUGAAAACGGACCUGCGUGAAGAUCAGAGCACAAAUGGAUCUGAGCUGCAUCGUCUACCUCCUGGUCCUCUGCUCCCUUGAUAAGUUGGUAGAAGCCACACCUCAGGAGCCUCUAACACAUUUGACUGAGUGGAUGCACAAUCGCAUUUCUAAAGCGCAGUUCCAGUGCUUCCAGAGGAUUGUGAAAGAAUCAAACACCAGAGCAAAAAGCAACGUGGGACCGGUGUGCAACAUGACGUGGGAUGGAUGGUUGUGUUGGGACGAGUCUGAACCUGGAGAAAAAGAACAAAACUGUCCAGGCUACUACAAGGACUUUGACACGCAAGCAAUGGCAACCAAGGUCUGCACAGACACUGGAGAGUGGGGGCGCCACCCAACAAGCAACCGAACGUGGACGGACUUUAGGAAUUGCCAAGCUAACGUUACACAUCACGGGGCCCAGGCUGCAAUGACUCACUUCUACUUGAUCAUGAUUGGUCAUGGACUAUCACUUGUAUCGCUGCUCAUGUCUUUAGGAAUCUUCUUCUAUUUUAAAAGUUUAAGCUGCCAGAGGAUAACGCUACACAAAAACCUCUUCUUCUCGUUUGUGCUGAACUCAGUGGUGACCGUAACGUGGUUCUUGGUUCAGAAGGAGGACACUGCUAGCUGCAAGCUGCUCUCCUUCAUCCAGAUGUACACCAUGAGCUGUAACUACUUCUGGAUGCUCUGUGAAGGAAUUUACCUGCACACCCUGAUCGUCGUGGCGGUGUUCGCCGAAAAACAGCACCUCCUGUGGUAUUACCUGCUAGGCUGGGGUUUCCCACUCGUGCCAGCGGUCAUCUAUUCUAUAGCGCGCCAAUGCUACUACAAUGACAAAUGCUGGGUCAGCCCUGCUACAUCCCUGCUGUACAUCAUCCACGCUCCCAUCUGUGCUGCAUUGGUGGUGAACUUUUUCUUUCUGCUAAACAUCGUUCGGAUUCUCAUCACCAAGCUCAGAGUGACGCACCAGGCGGAGUCCAGUCUGUACAUGAGAGCUGUGAGAGCCACCCUCAUCCUCAUCCCUCUGCUUGGUAUCCAGUACGUCCUGCUGGCCUACAAGCCCCACGAUCACUGGAUCGCAGAGAUCUAUCUGUACAUCAUGAACAUCCUUAUGCACCACCAGGGUCUUUUGGUUUCCACGAUAUUCUGCUUUUUCAAUGGAGAGGUUCAGACUGUCCUUCGGAGACACUGGAACCUGCAGCGGAUGCAGUUCGCCGGAACGUUCGCCAACGCCGACAUCUUCCGCUCGGCCUCUUACGUGGCGUCGUCGCUCACGGAGGUCCACCGCUGCUACAGCAUUGAAAGCCACACCGAGCAUAUAAACGGCAAGAGCUACUCAGACAUUUUCCGAUCAGAUGGCCCUUUCGUGUGAAGAGAGCGGGACGGCGUCUGCCACUUUCGGCACUUUUAAAAAUCAGGGCGUUCCCUGAUAGGUUUUUCUACUUUCAGAAUAAUCUCCAUAUUUGGACAAACAUGAUCAUAAGCAAAUGUUUGAAGAGGCGGUAUGAAUCCAAGGACGUCUAUUUUUUUAUUUGUUGCUGACAUGACAAUGCAAAGAUGGUUGAGGACUUGACGAACAGGAAGUUGUUGAGUUGAGCAUUUCCCGCUGUUUCCGUGUUGUUCGUAUCUAUGUUUUUUUUGUCAUUACUGCGAUGUUGGUGUUUGUAUCAAAAAGGAAAAAGGGCUAACCUAACGAAACUCUUCUUUCUCUUUCGGCUUU